UUUAAUUGAUAAUAUAAUAAAAAAUAAAAUAAUUAAUGAUAAUAAUGAUGAUGAACAAGAUGAAGAUGAAAAUGAAAAUGAAAAUGAUGAAGAUGAUGAAGAUGAUGAUGAAGAUAAUAAAGAUGAUAAAGAGGAUGAAGAGAAUAAAGAGGAUGAUGAAGAGGAUGAAGAGGAUAAUGAAGAGAAUGAUAAAAAGGGUGAUAAAGAGGAUGAUAAAGAGGAUGAUAAUAAUCAUGAUAAUAACAAUAAUAUUAAUAAAAAAUCAUGGAAAUCGUUUAGUAAAUGA